AUGGCAAGGCAGACAACAAAAGCUGAGCUUGCAGAGCUCUCCAGGCAGCUUGAUUUUGAGGAAAAUCAAUUUUACUGGCUCAAGAAAUUGCUCAAGUUUGUUUUUUUGUGUCCAGUGCAGCCAAAAGCAAUUCAAAAAUCUGGAAGAAUAAUGAUGCAUUCGACCUAUCUCUUUUCAAUCAUAGUAACGUGUAUCAGAGCUUAUGAAGAAUUAUUCGUGAAUGAAAUAUAUCCACCAAUGCUGGCAGAACUUGCUUUUCAAAUCAUUGUUUUGUUGACCACGUAUUUGGUUUAUUUGCAAGCAAUAGGCUCGGAAAAAAUCCUUUACAGGUUGUGUGAUGUCGUGACAAUCGACUGGCUCGGCAUCAUCGACCCGGAAGAAAAGAAUAUCAUGAAGGUGGUAUGUGAACGAGGAUCUCGUCUAAUAUUGAUACACUUUGGCGUCUUGCUACCAACCUUACUGGGCUAUGCAAUCAUCCCGGUAGCUUUGCCGUACGUUCUUAAUCCUUACUUGCCGGAAAAUAUGACUCUCCACAGGACCCUAUGCGUUCACGUUGAAAUGUUCAUCGAUCAGGACAAAUACUUUUACCAAAUUCUUAUUAUAGUUAUUUACCAGUUGAUGUUGGUUUUGCUGAUUAUCUGCUCGCUGGAUUUAGCCUACACAUCUUGCAUUACUUACAUCAUGGGCAAAAUCAUAUGGAUUGGGGUGUGGCAAAAGUAUGGAAACACGUUGGAAUUUCGCAGAACAAGCAUAGACAAAAAUAAAAAACCACUACCUGACCUGUACGAAGGAGUAUGCAAUGGUGACCUUGAAUUUGACCUUGGACGUAACCUCUAA